AUGGCUCAGCCAUCAAACGAUGAAAGUACAAUACAAUCAGUGGCGAAGUUCACGCCCGACGACCCCGGGAAUCCUCGAAACUGGCCUGCUUGGCGAAAAUGGGGCAUUGUGCUCAGCAUAGGUCUUGUCGACCUUACGGUUUCCUUUGGGGCGUCAGGGUACUCUCCGGCUAGUGGCAGCUUUGCGGACGACUUCCAAAUCGACCAUGAACUCGCACAACUUGGCUUGUCGCUAUAUGUCCUUGGCUUGGCGUUUGGACCAAUGUUCAUCGCUCCCUUGAGCGAAUAUUACGGCAGAACCGCCUUGUACCUCAUCCCCUAUGCUACUUUCCUGGUCUUUCUGGCAAGUACGGCCGUUGUGCAGAGCUUGGCCGGAUUCUUCGUUCUGAGGUUUCUAUCGGGAACAUUUGCGAGUGUCACGAUUGCCAAUUUCGGAGGGACGAUCGCAGACCUUUGGCAUAGAGAUCAAGUCGGCCCGGCAAUGAACAUCUUCCUCUGGGCGGCAGUUUGUGGCAGUCCUCUUGCGUUCUUUCUGAUGUGCUUGGUGGCACAGCACCAUGGCUGGCGGGAGGUGUUCUGGGCGCUGUUUGGCAUCUGCGGUAUCCUGUGGCUGCAGAUGGCGAUUGUCCUGCUUGCGUUCAACAAUGAGACAAGGCAUUCGGUCCUUCUCCGUCGACGAGCGAAACGACAGAACGAAGUCAUUCCCGGCGAAGCACAAGCUAGGUCGCUGAAGGAGCUGUUCACGGUGACGCUGGCGCGCCCGUUACGGUUCUUGAGCACGGAGAUGAUUGUGGUGUUUGGUGCUUUGUACAAUGGCUUCCUGUACGGCCUCUCUUUCAUGUUCAAUGGUGCGUUCAGCAUCGUGUUUGGUGGCGCUGGGUACGGAUUCGACACGCUCGGAAUUGGCUGCACGUUUCUCGGACUGGUCUUCGGCAUCAGCAUCGCCCCGGUCAUUGGCAUUUGGCAGGAGAGGUAUUACCAAAGGAGGGUGCACGGCGACCGGAAAACGUCAGAAGGCUCGGAGUCAGACGCUCUUCUCGGUGGUAACGACACUGGCAAGGCGCGCUACGAUCCAGAAGCUCGCGUGCAGCUUGGAAAAGUUGCCGCUGUCCUGUUACCCAUUAGUCUCUUUCUCUUCGCAUGGACGUGCCCGCAAGAGUAUGGUAUCCAUUGGAUUGUACCCAUCCUCGCAACCGCGCUCUUCGGCUUCAGCUUCUUCACGCUGAUCUUUAUGGUGGCGAUUUACAGUGAGGAGAGUUAUAUGCAGUACUCGGCGAGUGCUCUGGCAGGGAUCGGUUUGGUGAGGAAUGUGGCGGGUGCGGUAUUUCCUAUGGUGGGGGGAGUCAUGUUCAGGAACCUAGGAUAUCAGUGGGCGGGAACAAUCAUUGCGGCGCUCGCGUGUUUGCUGGCGCCCAUACCGUUCAUUCUCGAACGAUAUGGGCCACAGCUGCGCGCGAGGAGCCCGUUUGCACGGAGCCAUGUGGAAGACGAUGAGUAA